AUGCCUGACAAUCCAUGCUUUGAAAAUUUUCAUUUCAGCCCAAAGAAAGGCCUUUUUUACUGUGUGGUUUACUUGAAUCCUGGAGAUUACCAUCGAAUACACUCCCCAGCUGAUUGGAACAUUCUUGUACGCAGGCAUUUUUCUGGUCGUCUUUAUCCCUUGAAUGAACGUGCUAUAAGAACAAUUAGAAACCUCUAUAUUGAGAACGAGAGGGUUAUUCUUGAAGGUCUAUGGCUGGAAGGGUUUAUGGCACUUGCUGCAAUUGGUGACACAAAUAUUGGGUCAAUUGAGCUUUUCAUUGAGCCCGAACUUCAUACAAACAGGCCAAGGAAGAAGUUUCUACAUUCAGAGCCUCCUGAAGAACGGAUUUAUGAAUGUGAAGGUUUAGGUAGAAUGCUCAAGAAAGGGGAUGAGUUAGGUGCUUUCAACAUGGGAUCAACAGUUGUUCUCGUUUUCCAAGCUCCAAUUUCAAAACUCCAUGAGGGCGAUUCAUUUCAAGAGUUCAGGUUCUGUGUUGGACGAGGGGAUAGAAUUCGUGUUGGCGAGGCUCUAGGGAGGUGGCAUAGUUCGUGACAGAGCUAUUUCUGUGUGCAGCUUAUGAAUAUCGCUGCCCCUGACUGUUUGUGUUGAAACUUCAAAAUAUUUUCGAUAUUUUAUAUGGAGAAUCUUUAGUACCUCUUACUGGAAACCGUGAUUAGUAAUUGAUAUUAAUGGUACAUUGGAUAUUUUGAGUUUUUGACGGUGUAGAUGUUUUAUUGCUCAUCCAGAAAGCAUAGAACCUUUGUGCAGAUCCUCCGUUAAUCAA